AUGGUCAUGGAUGGCAUCGAGGAUGACGGACGGGCAGAGGAGGAGAAGGGCUGUGGGACCGGCGGCCCAGUAUCACCGCCAGCCGACCCGGCCGUCACAGCCAGCCAACCAGCCAGCCAGCAGGAGGGCGGCACCGCUCUGGUCUUUGCGUGGCCGUGUCGGGGGGUUGCAGAAAUGGUGGCAGCAGGCUUGGACCCGCCCUCCCUUCAUCCUUCAGCUGUGGCGACCUUGCAUGCGAAUGGCCCCUCACGUGCACACGCCUGGCCCGCCGGAUUCGAUUGGUGCGAUCACCUCGAUCACCGGGAGGCCGAGAAUAAGGAGGACCGACUGACUUGA